AUGUCGAAACAAGCCAGAUGCUGCACCUAAUGUCUCUUAAAAAGCCUUUGGGGCUGUUGCCGGGCGGCUCGGAAGAGAUCAUCCUCAGUCACCACGGGCACGAACGCGUCUACAUAAAGCACCGCAAAGGCUUCAUAAAAUAUGCCUUGCAGCAUGGGUACACCAUUUGCAUCGGCUAUACGUUCGGUGAGGCGGAUUCCUACCGGACGUUGGACUGGGCGGUUAAGUUUCGACUCUGGUAUCUGCGCCGGUUCCGUGUCCCACUUUUUGCGUGUUGGGGGAUCUGGUGGUGUCCGUUGCUGCCGCGGGGGCAGGUAGCUUUGGAAACGGUGGUGGGCAACCCCUUUCAACUUCCCAAGCUCGCGGAUCCCAGCAAGGAGGACAUCGACAAGUGGCAUGGGCGAUACGUGGAGUUGCUCGUCGACCUUUUCGAGCGGAAUAAGGCCAAAUUUGGGUACGGCGAGAGGGUGCUGGAGAUCUACUAG